AUGUCGUGUCCAGUUACCGUAACCCUCUCCCCGACCCAAGACGCUCUAUGGAAGCUCUUCCACACAGAAGUCAACGAGAUGAUUGUGACGAGAGCAGGAAGGAACUUUUUCCCAAAAAUGGAGUACACCGUCAGCGGAUUGAAUCCCAUUAAGAUGUAUGCCAUCAUGGUUCAAAUGGAACUUGUCGGUGAUAAUCGUUAUAAAUAUUCGAAUGGGCAAUGGGCAGUGUCUGGAAAAGCAGACUAUCAGCAUGAAGUGUCCAAGAAGACGUGGCACGCAGAUGGCGUUCGAACUGGAAAAGAAUGGAUGGAGUCUAUGAUCAGCUUCGAUCGCCUCAAGAUUACCAAUAAUUUGAAAGCAACUGGCGCUGCAAUGAUUCCACUUCAUUCCAUGCACAAGUACGUUCCAGUGCUCACCAUCUAUGAGGCUCCAUCGCAAAGCCCAUUCUGUCCAAGCACCUCCAGCCAACCAUUGGUGACUGUCAAGAUUCCAUAUACUGAGUUCAUCGCUGUCACUGCUUAUCAGAACCAAAAGAUCGUCACCAUGAAAAUUGAGCACAACUCCUACGCGAAAGGAUUCCGGAAGGACAACAAGGAGAAUAGAAAGAGAAGAUCCUCCUCAAUUUUGGAUUACUCAACCGACGAGAGCACAUCCAAGUCUUCAUCCCCAAAGUUCCCAAGAAUCACUCCAUCACCACCAGAAAUUCAAACAGUGAACUUCCAACCGACUCCAGCUACUCAACUGCCAUUCAAUCCUUUCCUCUUCCCAUUCAACAACUUGUUGGCUUCUGGAGCUUUGCCAUUCCCAAUGUUCUCAUUUGGAUUCCCUCAAAUUAAUCAAUUCACCACCGUUCCACUUCCAAAUGAUUCUGAUGAGGAAGCGUCGGUGAUGAAAAUCAAGCUGCCAGAGAUUAAAGAAGAGACCACGGAAACGAACAUUGAUAUUGUCAACUGA